AUGUCCGACUUCAUUCUACAGGAAGAGCUGCUUGCCCUGUCAUCGGACAUCUCAUCUUACACCAUUCCGUCAGAACUCGACAUCCCUUCCCUCCCCGAAACAGAAAUCGACCUACACCUCUCAUCAGCUAUCGACUCGGUCGUCAAUGAUCCCGACUCCCUCUCCCACUCCUCACCUACAACGUUCGACGUCUUCCGCUCUAUCCUCAAAUAUGCGGACCACCCCUCGGUCAGCGCUGGCGUUCUCACAAAACUGCUCGAUGCCAUCGUUUCGGGGCUAGGGCAUCACAGCAUGGCGGUAAUGGCGAUAAUCCAUAACCAGGGCUUCGAGGCGGACAUGGACGCUCCGAUGGUCCAUCGUCCACCAUUGGAGAUGUGGGCCUUCCUGCUGCAGUGGUUCGUCACGGCCGCUCAGCUCAUCCACGGUCGAAGCGGCGAUACGGCCGCGCCCGCUCGAGGGAAAGGUGCCAAGGCAAAGAAGGCGGCCGCUUCGUCCGCGGUGGCGACCUUCAGAUGGCCGGACUACAUCCCACUCGUCCUCACUACUUCCCAGCGCUGCCUGCAGCUCCCCACUUCCCGGCUAUGGCGCACUUCGGUCGAAAAGGAAUCCUUCGUAUCGUGCUUCACCCGUCCAGCAUACCAGCUAUGCGAGACGGAGUCGCAUCUCAAAUCAGCCGAGAUACGGACGGGUAUCUACCGGGUCAUCUGCCUGGCAGUCAAGUUCAGUGGACACGCUUUCGGAGCCCAAACUACCAUCGUCCAGAACCUCACCUAUUUUGAGCACCUCUCGGAACCCAUGGCGGAACUGCUGGAGAUGCUCGAGAAGGAGUUUGAUUAUGGACAGCUAGGCGAGGAGGUGUUGAGGGAUGUCGCAGCCAAGACGAGCUUUGCCAAGGAGGAUGUCAAGGGGCCGAGGAGCUUCUCCCGGUUCCUGGUCAAGAUGGCAGAGGGGGGUGUGCGGGGUGUGCAGAAGCAAAUGCCGCUGUUACUUGUGCAGCUGGACAAUGAAGCCCACCCAAUGCGAAUGGCCAUCAUCGAAAUCAUCGGUAUCAUGAUCCGAGACGUAUCCUCUUCGGACGAGGGGGACGAGGAGCAAAAGAAGAAGCAGAUCAAGCGGUACUUUGAGCUGCUCAUGGAGCGCUUCCUCGAUCUCAACUCUUGGGUGCGGUGCAAGGUGCUGCAGACUCUCAUCAAGCUAUGCGAUCUCCCCGCAAAGUUCCCCAAGCAACGAGCCCUCAUCACCGACCUCACCAUUCGGACACUCGAGGACAAGACCUCGUCGGCUCGUCGGUACGCCAUUCAGCUCCUCUGCAAGCUGCUCGAGACGCACCCCUUCGGCGCCAUGCACGGCGGGACGCUGAAUCUGCCCGAAUGGCAAGAUCGGUACGAUCAGGUAUCGAAGGAGCUGGAGAAGGUGGACGCGGUCGAGCUGGAAAUGGCCAAGCGGGACCUGGGCGUCCAGGAUGAGGAGGCGGAAGAGGCCGAGGAGGCGGAGAAGCCAGAAGACGAGUCGAUGGAGGGUACGCAGGAAACCAAGACGGAAGGAGAUGAGGAGGAAGAGGUGACCCAGUCCACACCUCAGCCAAGAAUCAAAAAGGCGCGCCCAUCACUCGACGUCGCCUCUCUCGAGGCUGAGCGGGCGGCUCUCGACCCGGAACUCGUCCAACGGCUUCGGCUCACGAAAAAGUACUACGCCGACGCCCUGCAGUUCAUGCACCAGGUUGAACGCGCCAUCCCCCUCCUCUGCACCUUGCUUGUUAGUACGACCAAAACCGAGGUGCUCGAGUCCAUCCGGUUCUUCCGGACGGCGUACGAGUACAAUGUCCAAGGCGCCGAGAUCGGCAUCAAGAAGAUGCUGCAUCUGAUCUGGACGAAGGAUGUCAAUGCGCCAACGGCGGUGACACCGGGAGAUGCGGAGCAGGUGGAUGAGCGGUCAGUCAAGGGGCAGCUGAUCGAGACGUACAAGAGUCUGUACUUUGAUGCGGUGGAGGGCUUGGCGGGGAAGCAGCAGGUCAGCCGGAUCGCCAAGAAUAUGAUUGAGCGGACAUACGGUGCCACUCUCGCCGAAUUGACCAGUCUCGAAGAGCUCAUGCGGACCAUGAUGGCGGAUGGGGGUGUACAUGGAGACGUCAUCAACAAGCUGUGGCAGGUGUACAGUACCGACCAGGAGAUCCCAAAGCAGCAGCGGCAAGGAGCAGUCAUCAUCCUUGGCAUGCUCGGCGCAGCGAAGCGGGAGGUGGUGACUGAGCGAGUCGAGAAUCUACUGAAGAUCGGUCUUGGGCCUUUCGGAAUGAGCGACUUGGUGUUGGCCAGGUACACCUGUACCGCACUCCAGCGGCUUGGAGGUAGCGCCAAGAAGGUCAAGGGGUCACUGGCAGACAAGACCCUGCGGUUGCCGAUGGACAAUCCCAUCUUCCUCAAACUGAAGGAGAUUGUCGAGAAUGCUCCAAAAUCGCCCUACUGGUUCGGUAUGGCCGAGCAAGCCAUCAACACCAUCUACCUCCUUGGCGAGCAGCCCGACAGCCUCUGUGGGGAGCUCCUCAAGAACCUCACUGCGCGUGUCUUCUCCGUCCACCCCGCCCCAGCAGCGAAUGGCGACGCCGCCAUACCCUCCACUCCCAAAGCCGCGCCGACCGAACUUGAAGCGGAGACGCCUAUGCCGCUUGUCUACGAGGAGACGCAAGGUACGCAAGCGGCUUCGCCAGUCAAGCCUCGCUCGAGUAACGGAUCGGCUGCGCAGGAUAUGGUCGGAUCGUUCACCCUCGCUCAGCUGGUGUUCGUGGUCGGGCAUGUGGCCAUCAAGCAUAUUGUAUACCUAGAGCUGGUCGAGCGAGAGUUCAAACGCAGGAAGGAUGAGAAAGCCAAGGAGACUGCCGCUGCAAAGGUGGCCGAUAAGGACGGGAACGACCUCGACGCUGUAGCUGGGAACGCCGAGGACGAUAUUGGGGAUCUCAUCGCCAGCAUCCGGGAGAAGGAGCUGUUGUACGGCGACAAGAGCCUGUUGGCGGUGUAUGGGCCAAUGAUUGCGUCGAUCUGCGCCAGUCCGAAGCGAUACCGCUCUCCCGUCCUCCGACAAGCGGCAAUCCUCGCCUUGACCAAGCUCAUGUGCGUCAGCGUCCAGUUCUGCGAGCAGCACCUCGGCCUCCUCUUCAAUCUGCUCGAGAAGAGCAAGGAUGCGGUCGUACGGUCAAACAUUGUCAUCGCGCUGGGUGAUCUCGCCGUCUGCUUUGGUAGUCUGAUCGACGAUAACUCGGAACGCCUGUACCAAGGUCUCUCCGACCCGGAUCUUACCGUCAAGAAGAACACUCUUAUGGUCCUCACCCAUCUCAUUCUCAACGGGAUGAUCAAAGUCAAAGGCCAACUCGGCGAAAUGGCGAAAUGCCUCGAAGAUCCCGAUCCGCGCAUCUCGGACUUGGCCCGCCUGUUCUUUACCGAGCUCAACACCAAGGACAAUGCGCUGUACAAUAAUUUGCAGGACGUCAUCAGUCAUCUUAGUGUGGGGAGGUGGAAGGUCGACGAGGAGUGCUUUGAGCGGACGAUGCGGUUCAUCUUUACGUUCAUCGAGAAGGAGAAGCAAGCCGAGUCGAUCAUCGAGAAGCUGUGUCUACGGUUCAAGCCGGCGUCUGAUGAACGGCAGUGGAGGGAUAUUGCAUUCUGCCUGUCACUCCUGCCCUUCAAGAGCGAGCGGAGUCUCAAGAAGCUUAUCGAUGGAUUGCCAUUCUACCAGGAUAAGCUGCACGAAGAGAUGGUUUCCAAGCGGUUCUCGGAGAUCUUGGCUAAGGCUAGGGCAAAUAAGAGCUCGAGCAAGCCCGAGACGGAAUUGAACGAGUUUGAAGCCAUCCUCAAUCAGCACCAAGCCAAGGGUCUGGAGGCCCAAGCGACCGAAGCCGACGUCCUCCGCAAGACGAAAGCGGCGAAACGGCGAGCAGCCAAACGGACGGAAGGCAAAGCAGCGGCCGCACCAGCGAAGCGGAAGGGUCGAUCAAGGAAGGAUGAGGAGGAAGAGGAAGAAGAGGAAGAAGAGGCGGUGGAGGAAGAGGAGAAUGAUGAGGAUGCCGAGAUUGCGCGUUUGAGGGGUGAGGAGGAAGAGAUAGAGCGAGCGAGAGAAAAGCAGAGGGCGAGGGAGGAAGCGGGGACUAAGAAGAAGGCUGCUCCGCCGAAACGAGGUGGGAGAAAGAAGGUCGUUGUGGACAGUGAUGAGGACGAAUGA